UUUCCUAUCUCGCCCCCUGCACGCCCUCUCUGCCCCAUUCACUCCCGCUCUGCCCCAUUCACUUCCUCUCUGCCCCAUUCACUCCCGCUCUGCCCCAUUCACUUCCUCUCUGCCCCAUUCACUCUUUCUCUGCCCCAUUCACUUCCUCUUUGCCCCAUUCACUUCCUCUCUGCCCCAUUCACUUCAUAGUCUUCCACAAAUCCCCCGCAUUCAUGCUCGCUCUCACCCCUUCUCUUUCUCUCUUUUACAACCUCCCUCCGUCCUUCUCGAUCAUACGUGUUCCCAAAUUUCAGAUGAGCUACCGGUGCCCUGCCUGCAAGUGUAUUGGGUUGUGUGCACACGGGCACUUAACCCAUACCCCAGCUACUUGCUCACUCUGCUUCCUUCGCUAUGAUCCCUUUUCCUCUCCCGUGUGCAAUGCAUUCCCCCCACCCUGUGUUGCUCUCCUCUCUGCAUGUGAGCGUGCAACAGCAACUUUCCUGGAUAUCGUGUCCGCUCCUUCAGCUGCAAUGGUGUUGGUGAGUGCUGCGGUGCUGGUGGGUGCUUGCUGUGUUGGUCGGUGCUUGCUGUGCUGGUGGGUGCUUGCUGUGCUGGUGGGUACUGUUGUGUUGGUGGGUGCUUGCUGUGCUGGUGGGUGCUUGCUGUGUUGGUGGGUGCUUGCUGUGAUUGUGGGUACUGUUGUGUUGGUGGGUGCUUGCUGUGCUGGUGGGUGCUUGCUGUGUUGGUGGAUGCUUGCUGUGCUGGUGGGUACUGUUGUGUUGGUGGGUGCUGCUGUGCUGGUGGGUACUGUUGUGUUGCUAGCUUAUUACCCCGCCCUGCCCGGCAUUUAUUCUCCCCUGCCAUCCUGCCUUCCCCCUGCUGCCAUCCUACCGUCCCCCACCUGCAUUCUGUUCCCUCCUCAGGGCACUCCGUUUCCCCUCCUCAGUGCCUUCCCUCUCCCAUCUUGCGUGCCAGCGUCCCCCCCUGCCUUCCUUCAGUAG